AUGUUCUCGAAUCCUGUUUAUAACCUCCCACCGCAAUUCAAUGAAAAUUUAUUAUCACAAAAUUUAGCCGGUCUUUCAUUGAAUACUGCUCCAACUCAACAACAGCACCAACCAAAGAUUGCUUUUGAGUCAUUUCAAUUUUCUCAACAGCAACAAGUACAACAACAAAUGCCAAUUGAUAUCGGUGGUUAUAUGCCACCAGCACUCAAUGAAACAGAUAUUAAAUGGUCAUCACCAAGCGAUAUCGAUACUUCAUAUCAACGUGGAUAUACUGUUGUACGCCAAUAUAAUAACUCGAUGAUUGAUGAUUAUUAUAAAAAAUUUCUUCGUCCAAUUACGGAUUAUAUUGCCAUACCAACCAAUGGGCAACCAACUUAUGUUUAUCAAAAUUUAGAUGGAUCAUCAACUUCUACAAAUCCAGGCUUAAGUCUACAACCUUUUAGUGGCGCUGGACCAGCGAAUGAUCCCAAUGCAGCAGUAGUUAAAAGUUCUAAUCCGAAAGGUGAAGAAACUGAAGACAAAAAACAUAAGAAAAAACAUAAAAAACGAUCAUCGAAACAUGGUACUGGAGAAACAAAAACUAGUGAUAGUGAAAAAGUCAAUGAUGGCUUGAAAAAAGAAGCAAAAGACUCUGGUGACUAUCAACAAACAUCAUCUGUUCCAACGACUACUGAAGCUCAACCAAAACAAGGCGAUGGCUCAUCUGUUUUAAGUGAAACAGGCGCUGCUGGACCACAAGUGCCAAUGAAGUUGGCAUCAAAUCCACUUGUCUAUUUUGAUAUUGAAGUUGAUAAUGAACCACGUGGUCGUCUUCUCAUGGAACUUUUCCGCCAUGUGUUACCACGUACAACACAAAAUUUUCUUUCAUUAUCUUUAAAUGAACAUGGCUUUGGCUAUCGUUUAUCAUAUUUCCAUCGAAUCAUCCCAGGUUUUAUGGCUCAAGCUGGUGAUUUUGAAAAAUCUAAUGGUACAGGUGGCUAUUCAAUAUAUGGUGAAAAAUUUGAUGAUGAAGGUUUUCCAUAUCCACAUGAUCGUGCUGGUCUUUUAUCAAUGGCAAAUAGUGGACCAAAUACAAAUGGAAGUCAAUUCUUUAUUACAUUGGCAUCUUGCUCACAUUUAGAUAACAAACAUGUAGUAUUUGGACAGGUUAUACAAGGUUUUCAUUUGCUUAAAGAUCUUGAUAUGAGCGGAUCAGAAAGUGGUGAAGUACUACGUGAAGUCAAGAUUGCUGGCAGUGGUCAACUUCAAUAA